UAAAGUUCCUAACGAUAUAAGCAUCAUUCUUUAUAUUUGAUUGUAAAGAAAAGUAGAUACAUUUCAUAGCAAUUCACAAUUUCUACAAGUGUUACGGAAAUGAUGUGAUAUAUUUGAUAUUCUUCCCUUGUAGCCCUGAGUUGUUCGACGCCGUUCAAAAAGAACUAGGCGAUCUGAGAGCCUCCGCAAUGAAAAAUUUUACGAUUCAAGUCGACGAGUCCAAUAUUCUUACUUGGCAAGGCCUUAUAUUGCCGGACAAUGCUCCUUAUAAUAAAGGAGCAUUUCGAAUUGAAAUCAAUUUUCCUGCAGAAUAUCCUUUUAAACCACCUAGAAUAAAUUUCAAAACAAAAAUCUAUCAUCCAAAUGUAGAUGAAAAAGGACAAGUAUGUCUACCUAUUAUAAGUGCUGAACAUUGGAAACCAGCAACGAAAACAGAUCAGGUUAUACAAGCUCUGAUAGCUUUAGUAAAUGAUCCUGAGCCAGAACAUCCAUUAAGGGCAGAUCUAGCUGAAGAAUUUCUUAAAGAUAAAAAGAAAUUUCUAAAAAAUGCAGAAGAUUUUACAAAAAAGCAUGCAGAAAAAAGGCGAGAAUCAUCCUCCUCGAACGAAUAAUCCCAAAUGGUAGGCCUUUCUCACCACGAUGCCUGCCACCUCAGUUAAUUCAUUGCGAGUCGAUUUAUGCCGGUCUGUCAUAUGUGGAAUCGAGAAUGCCCCGUGUACAGUAUUGGUUGAUAACGAGGAUAAGAAUAUAUGCAAAUUGUAAUGUUUAAUAAGGUGGAAAGAACUUUUCAGAGCAAAGUAAAUUAUAAUAAAAUAACUGUAUGAUAUUGUAAACAAGUCUUAUAAUGUAUUUUAAUUCUUAAGUUUGGGUAGAUUGUCAUCAUAAUUGCACACAAACUAAUUUCAAAGAAUUUUGAACACAGAACCAUCAUAUAUUACAUUUUGCGAAUUUUUAUAGCAUGUAUUGGAAUGAGGUCUAUAUAUUGAAGAUUUAUGGCAAUUAAAAAAAAAUAUUUUAAUUAAAUAUUAAAUAUUAACAAACUUAAAUGAAUUAUAAAAAGAGGAAAAUAAUACGUUUUCCUCACUCUUAAGAUUGAUUGUUUAUGUAAUUUAUGUUCCUAUUUAUUUCCAUAAUUAUAUAUAUAGCAUUUUGAAUAGUAUAAUCUACUUUAUUCAUUUAUAAGCUUGUAGAAGACAGAUUUAAAUAACAUAAUUGUUCACAAAUAUUCAAUGCUAUUACCUAGAACAGUGUUUCUCAAAUGUGGUACGUGUAUCCCUUGGGGAUAAGUAGUAAAAAACUUUUUAGGUACCCCGUAAAAGCUCAAACAAAACUAAAAAGAAAAUUUCGAUACACUCCUGAAGUCCUAAAGUAUAGAUCAAACCUUCUAAGACCCUGUAUGUAGUUUAUGAAUACAAAAUUUGAUGUGUGUAUA